CUCCCACUUCUUGCUUGCACUAGUUGAGUUUUGCCAUUUGUGUGGUGUGCGGUUAAACAGCUGUUUGAACUGUAACUCGAGAAAUGUUGUUGCACUCGAAACGGUGGCUUUUUUUUACCCUUGUUGGACUCGUUACAGGAGGAUCGAUGCUAAAUUUGAAUGACCCCUGCACGAAUCCGGUCGGCGAGGUAGGUCAUUGCAUAAAGUUAAGUGAAUGUAAAUCACUGAGUGUAAAUGUCACUGAGUCCGAGGCUUCCAGAGCGGUGAGGGAGCUUUUCAGGCAGAGUAGAUGUGGAGUCCAGAACAAAGACGAAUUAGUUUGCUGCAUUAUUCCUGGUUCUACUAGCAAGAACGCCACUCUCCCCAGGACUCCGCAUUGUGGAAAUAAUGUCGAUAACCUGAUCUUAAUUCCCGCUGUGAAGUUGGAUGACUUUGGAUGGACCGUUCUGCUUAUGUAUAAAAAUGUUGGUGAAAGUGUUGGAUUUUAUUGUGAAGGAUCGUUGAUUAAUUCGCGCUAUGUUCUCACUGCGGCACAUUGCAUUAAUUCGAGGAGGUCGAAGUUAGUUGGCGUUCGUCUGGGAGAGUACGACCUGUCAAAUGAAGGGCCCGACUGCGACCAGAAUGGAUGUGCUGAUGCACCAGUAGAUGUUGAUAUUGAAAAAAUCAUCAUACACCCAGAGUUCAGCAAAGGACGACACGCAAUAAACAACGACAUUGCUCUAAUCCGGCUGGCUCGUGACGUACCAUUUUCUAACUUUAUCAGACCGAUUUGUCUUCCGAUAGAUUCUUCCGAACGCAAUAUUACCGGAGGGGGCGCGAUUACGACUGGGUGGAGUGAUGACACAUCCGUCAAACGAAGACACGACCUGGUGAUAAUGGAUACGGAGCAGUGUAAUACUUUAUUGGAACCGCUGAGAUUGAAUCACAACGGAACAUAUUUAUGCGCCAAAGGAUCGGAUAGAAACCACUGUCGCGAUUCAUCAGGCAGCUCGUUGAUAAAGAGAAUCGAGUCACGGUACUUCCUGUACGGAAUAGCAAGCCUAGGAAGGAACGGAUGUGGCGGCGAUAAUGAAGUUAUUGCAUACACAAUCGUUUCCAAAUAUAUCGACUGGAUUGAAAGUCAGUUGGAAUAAACGGGAUAAUCGAAUGAAACUCUA